UUUGGUUUUUCGAGACAGGGUUUCUCUGUGUAGCUUUGCGCCUUUCCUGGAACUCACUUGGUAGCCCAGGCUGGCCUCGAACUCACAGAGAUCCGCCUGGCUCUGCCUCCCGAGUGCUGGGAUUAAAGGCGUGCACCACCACCUUUAAGGUCAGAUUUAUUAGUUGAUGGUUUUAAUGCCUUUGUUAAUGGUGUUCUGUCCAGAAAGUCUUUUCCUAUGCAGAUGAGCUCAAGGCUUUUCCCCAACAUUCUCUGCUGUGGUGAUCUAUUGUGUAACAAAUAAAGCUUGCCUGAGGACCAAAGAACAGAGACAGUCACUAGAUAAUAGAAAGAGAAGAGGAGGCCAUGGAAAACACUUUUAAUACUAGCACUCAGAAGACAGAGAUCCUUCUGCAUGUCCGUGAGUUAAAAGCAAACCUGGAUAAAAACGGCACUUGCUUGUGGGGGAGCAGUAAGGUGGGAGUAUACAUGGCACUACUUAGAACAUGAUUUUGGACACAAAGCAGGAGUUGGCGGUGCCAAUUGUGGUGGCACAAAUGAAAGGCAGGAGAGGGCAGGCCCGAGGAAUCAAAGGAUGGGAUAACUACAUACCCAAACCGAAACUAGUGAGCUUCCCUUCAUAACAUGUAGGCACCUAACCCAACAGUACAGUUAUGCAACCAAGACCCCUAGGAGGACCCCAGCAGCUCAGGUUACACUGUCAAUCUCAACAUGGCACUACUGCUGUAGCCAUAAAAGGAGCCCCAGAAGUACCAAAGAGAUGCAUCUAUUUGGAUUCUCAGGAUUUGAAGAGGACCGCACAGCCAGUGCCCAGAGUCGUGCUAAGGCACACCACCAAGAACUCUCUAAGUGAGCGUUUUGCUCAACUGCCCAAGAACAAAUAGCCACAGGCGAUGCUGGCAGGCAGCGACCCAGCCUCGAAGAGGCAGCAGCAGCAGGUGGCCAGUGCCAGAAACAGAAGACUGGCCCAGCAGAUGGAGAAGAGACCCUCUGUCCAGGCAGCGUUAAAUCCUCGGCAGAGCUUGGAGGGGCGCCUGGGUGAGAGGAGCAUCCAAGUCCGUUUAGGACGUCCCAUGGGUGCCUUUGCCAGGGGAGCGAAUGGAGGAAGAGGCGCAGGCAUCAUCCAGAGAGACGUGCCCCAAGGAGGAGGAGUGGGUGGGGGACCUGCCGCCAGGACCCUGCCCGGGGGCAGGAUGCCACCCCCAGGUCGGGCCGUGUUUGGUGGUGGAAGAGGGGCUUUUGGAGGCCGAGGCCGAGGCCGAGGCCCAGGGAGAGGGAGAGGGAGAGGUGCCCUCACUCGCCCGGUACUGACCAAGGAGCAGCUGGACGCCGAACUGGAUGCAUACAUGUCGGAAGGGAAAGCGGCCCUGGAUGCUGAAAUGGAUACCUACGACGACGUGGCAGAGGCGGCUCCUGAGACCUGUGGCUGAAGCCCGCCUCUGGGACUCUUGUUCAAGUCACCACAUCUCUGCCGAAAUCACCUGGAGAGCAGAGGAGGAGAAACCCGACCCGUGCUGCCAGGAACUCUCACAACAGGCGCGUUUAUUCGAUGUAAUGCUUGACUGUACAUAAUGUAUAUGCUCACAAUAAAUGGUUUUUCUUGCAUCUUGGU